CGCCAUUGCCGACCUACUACUACAUUUAAUCAUCAGUUCUCACUUCUCUGCUCGGUGACUGAAGCUGAGCAAAUCCUCGAUCGGAACAGAAAUGGCGACAAAUCAGAGAUUAUAUCUCCUCUUCACUCUGCUAAUCUGUCUCAGCUUCGCUUUUACACAGGCGAAGAAAUCGAAGGAAAAUUUGAAAGAAGUGACUCAUAAGGUUUACUUUGAUGUUGAGAUUGAUGGAAAACCAGCUGGACGCAUCACUAUGGGUCUCUUUGGGAAAACUGUUCCGAAGACGGCAGAAAAUUUUAGAGCUCUGUGCACAGGUGAGAAAGGGGUUGGAAAACACGGGAAGCCUCUGCAUUACAAGGGAAGUGCAUUCCACAGGAUUAUACCCAGCUUCAUGCUUCAAGGAGGUGACUUUACUCUAGGCGAUGGAAGAGGUGGGGAAUCAAUCUACGGGGAGAAAUUCGCUGAUGAAAACUUCAAGAUCAAACACACAGGACCUGGACUCCUCUCGAUGGCAAACGCUGGCUCUGACACUAAUGGUUCCCAGUUCUUCAUCACUACUGUUACAACCAGCUGGUUGGAUGGCCGCCAUGUCGUAUUUGGAAAGGUGCUGUCGGGAAUGGAUGUGGUGUAUAAGAUUGAAGCUGAAGGCAAUCAGAGCGGCACACCCAAAAGCAAAGUUGUGAUUGUAGAUAGUGGUGAACUCCCAAUGUGACCACCCUUCUUAUACAUAUUUGCCACUCACUUAUAUUAAUGUCUUUUUGGUGUUUGCGACUUUAAGUUAAAGAUCGUGUCACGGUAGACUCGGAACUCGGAACUUGAAACAUUUGGCUUGAGUUGGCUACUACUUUGCCGCUAGCCCAAUGCACACAAUAUUGUUUAAUGGACCGAACUAUUAUUAGGAAUUUUUAUAGGCCAACUGAUUUUUUUAAUUAUUAGGGAUUAAUGUUUUAUUA